UCGCGAGUAGUGUCAGUCAGGCAGCUGGUGGGCGCGUGCUGCUGCUGCUGCUGACUCGCUCCGCUCAGUUUUCCCGCGGCGAUCCCUUUUUCACAGCGACUCUUUGAUGCUGCCGUAGUGUUGCCGAGCGAAAAAGUCACUACCCGAUGUGACGAACAGGCCGAGGACAGAGCGAGAGAGUGAGAGAGAGGAUUCGCGUGCGCAACAAGGAUGACAAUCUCGUACGCGAGCGAAGUGCCGAACGGCUCGGCAUUCGGUUGCUUUUGGAGGAUCCUCAUCAAAUGGCGAGGCUCCGUGUACAAGCUUAUCUGGCGCGAGCUGUUGGUCUACCUGCUGGCCUACUACAUCAUCAACUUCAUCUAUCGCUACGCGCUCGACGAGGAGCAGCAGAAGAUAUUCGAGAAGAUCCGCUAUUAUUUCGGCAACUCGAGCGAGUCGAUACCAAUGUCAUUCGUGCUCGGUUUCUACGUGAGUCUCGUUGUCAAGCGAUGGUGGGAGCAGUACAAACUAUUACCUUGGCCUGACAACCUUGCCCUGUUCAUCAGCGCUGCUAUCCCCGGAAACGACGAACGAGGACGUCUUAUGAGGCGGAACAUAGUGAGGUAUGCUGUACUCGCAUACGUGAUCACCUUGCAGAGGAUAUCGUUGCGUGUUAAACGACGCUUUCCAACACUUCAACACAUCGUCGACGUUGGUCUGAUGAUGGAGUCGGAGAGGAAGAUCUUCGAGAUGAUGAACAAGAAGGCUGCCAUGUCCAAGUACUGGAUGCCACUGGUUUGGGCGACCAAUAUUAUCAAUCGAGCGAGGAAGGAAGGAUUGAUCACUAGUGACCACGUGGUGCAGACUUUGCUCGUCGAAUUGAGCGACAUAAGGAAAAAGCUUGGUGGACUUAUUGGCUACGAUACUGUUUGCGUACCUCUGGUCUACACUCAGGUGGUGACGCUGUCACUCUACGCUUACUUCUUGUCGGCGCUACUGGGUAGGCAGUUCAUCAGUCAAAGCGAAGCUCUCAAUGGCAAGUACGAGAUGCCGGACAUGUAUUUCCCCUUCUUCACUGUCUUACAAUUCUGCUUUUACGUCGGCUGGUUGAAAGUCGCCGAGGUAUUGAUCAAUCCCUUCGGUGAGGACGAUGACGACAUCGAGCUGAACUGGCUGAUCGAUCGCCACAUCAAGGCCGGCUACAUGAUCGUCGAUGAGAUGCACGAAGAGCAUCCCGAGCUCCUAAAGGAUCAGUACUGGAACGAAGUGGUGCCAACAGACUUGCCGUACACAGUCGCAAGCGAGAAUUACCGCCGCGAAGAACCGGCAGGUUCGGCGGAACAUUACAAGGUGAAGGACAGCGAUGCCGUUUACGCGAACCUACUGACUGGACUGCACGUGCAUCGAGCUAACAACAAGGCCGGCCAAAUGGACGACGUCUAUGCCGAUUACGAGAGUGUGGAUACACCUCUAGUCGAGCGUAAACGCAAUUGGCUGUCCCGAGCAGUCAGCCGAAUGGGUUCGGUACGUAGUAGCUCGACCACCUACAGCAGUGGCACAUUCUUCAAUCGUAAUCGCCACAACAGCGUCUACAGUAGUCCUGAAACGCAACCUGCUGGCGGUUUGGCCAAUGGACCAUCGUCCAACCAAACCAACAACACCGGGGUGAAAAUGUCGCUGUACGACAGGUUCGCCAGGCGCAAGAGCAUACAGAGCCAGCGUAUCAGGCGACAAGGUACCCUGCCCAAGCUCAACAACAUACCGAUAAGCUUGAAGAACCGUCCGCGAAUCCCAACGCCAGACGUCACGAAGGAAGUCGUGGACAGAGAGCAACGUCUGGCGUUGUCAGCGAGUAAUGCGGCUAAUAUCGGCGCCGGGGUGAUUGGUAUUCUAUCGCCACCGGCGUAUCAACAGACCGGCGGCAUCGAUGACUUUUCUGUGCUACAAGUUGUCGUUAGUAAUCCUACUGUUAAUGCCGCUAGCGUGCCGAUUUUGUCUCCCAUUCAAGAAAAAACCGAAGGGACUCCGGUGGCAAGGCACCAGGCGGCACUGCCACAAUUGGCUCAAGCGGUGUUGCCGCAAAAUCUGAAACAACUGACUCAAGCACCACUGACAGCUGUGACGGCCGUGACGGUGGGCCAAUUGACGAGGUUUGUGCAGGCAGCGCCGUUAUUCGUUGCCAAUUCUUUGAAGUCAGCAAGUUUGACAGAGCCGAUGAGCCUCACCGAAGUGACUACGCCGACGAGUGGCGAAGAUGAUGCUAAGGAAAGUAACAAGGACGAGAGCAAUUCAAUUGCCAAAGCAGGCAAACUCAUUGUAGAUAGUUACAAAACUAGCUCGCCAAUUCUAGUUAGUCCCGAGAAGCUGGAUGCUUUGACGAUUGCUGGUCUUGCAAGCAACAAACAACCUGAUUGGAGCCUCCAAAACUUUACACCGCCAGCAGCGACCGAUCGCCGUUCUCCUCAAGAACAUCACCCUAAGAGUCGUCGAUCGACUUCGUUACCAGCACCUCCGGUAACGCCUCCGACACGAGAUGAUCGUAGUAAUUCGUUGCCCCAUGAUUUGUGUCUUCAAGAGAGUGCAACAGCAAGAACGAUCAAAACUACAACUUUGCCGACGCCCGUGAAAAGGCCAAGAAGUGGUAGUUUCGAUCAACGCCAAGCAGUUGCUGUGCGGAAAAUCAGCUUCGUUGGUCAGCCGGUGCCGGUUGCUGGCAGCAAACGUAGCGAGGUCUACGUAUGACAUAAUGUUACAUUAAAAUCAGAUAGAUCUGUAAAUAAAAAUUCAUUCGCAUUUCUUUCUUCUGUGCACGCGCGAGAGACGAUCAAAGUGGAACAAAGAGAGAGACGAGAGACCGAUCGUCCUAAGUUUGUGAUUUUUAUAUAGUAUUUUUUAUCGACAAUAAGCUAAUAUAAUAGCCAAAAAAAAAUAAGAAUAAUGAUAAUAAUGAAAUUGACGUGGCAAUUGCCUCUUCGUGUAAAUAAAUUUUUUCGGUGUACAGCGCGAAACUGUCAUUGCCAUAAUUUUCAGCAGGAGCUCAUGUAUGAUAAUUUAGUGCCGAAUUGUACUUUUGUUUUUUUAAAUAACUAUUAUAAAUGAGUUUAAGUAUAUUAUUUUUAAACUUAAAUGUAUAAAUUUUAAGAAGAUGUUAGGUAUGAAAAUAUGUGCAAUUUCUCAACGAGGCCAUAUAUUCACACGUUCUGUGUGUACCUCGACCAGGAGGUAUAGAACUUUUAUUAUCCUUUUUUAAGAUAUGACGAUGGUUAUGAAGCGCGUAACCAUGAGUGGAAUUUUUGAGUAUAGGGUAUAACGUGAAGUAUUUUCUACGACAGGAAAUAUGUAGAUAUUGUUUGGUGUGAUUGACAAGAUUUCGUUUGAUGUUAGCUUUGUAAGAAAUUGAUGAAUGUAAUGUGUAUGGCAUGUUACUUGUGUUGAAUAAAAUGAUUAUAUUA